AUGCCAGGAAAGGCUAAGGAAAAUCACUCCUGGACAGCUGAGUUUAUCCUCACAGGGUUUUCAGGUCACCCAGAGCUGAAGACCCCUCUGUUUGUGGUCUUCUUUGCCAUCUAUCUGAUCACCAUGGUGGGCAAUCUUGGGCUGGUCGUGUUGAUUUACAUGGAGCAUCGUCUUCACACACCGAUGUACAUCUUUCUGGGCAACCUGGCUCUGAUGGAUUCCUGCUCCUGUGCCAUUACCCCCAAGAUGUUGGAGAACCUCUUUUCUAAGGACAGAAGGAUUUCCCUCUAUGAAUGUAUGGCACAGUUUUACUUUCUCUGCCUUGCUGAAACUGCAGAUUGCUUUCUCCUGGCAGCGAUGGCUUAUGAUCGCUAUGUGGCCAUUUGCAACCCCCUGCAGUACCACAUCAUGAUGUCCAAGAAACUCUGCAUUCAAAUGACUGUAGGGACCUUCAUAGCUAGUAACCUGCAUUCCAUGAUUCAUGAUGGACUUCUGUUAAGGUUAACUUUCUGUAAGUCUAAUCAAAUCAACCAUUUUCUUUGUGAUAAUCUUCCAUUGUACAGACUCUCUUGUACUGACCCUUACAUUAAUGAAUUAAUGAUAUAUAUUUUUUCAAUGCCAAUUCAAAUCUUUACCAUUGCCACUGUCUUGAUCUCUUAUCUCUGCAUCCUUUUCACUAUUUUCAAAAUGAAAUCCAAGAAAGGAAGAGGUAAAGCCUUGUCUACCUGUGCCUCCCACUUUCUCUCUGUCUCAAUAUUCUACAGUUGUCUUCUCAUGUACAUUCGACCAUUUGAAGACAGGGAUAAAAAUAUACCAGUGGCCAUAUUUUAUACAAUAGUAAUUCCAUUAUUGAAUCCUUUCAUCUACAGCCUGAGAAAUAAAGAGGUAUUAAAUGUUCUGAAAAAAAUUAUGAAAAAUUAUAGUGAUCUUAAACAAACUUUGUCCAGUUCAGCAAGUUGA